AUGCGCUCGGAGGCAAGAGCUGUCUCUACCGCCCGUCACCGAAGCAUCAUCAUUGUGUUGUGUGAGGUCGAAAUCAUCCUGGCAGCCCACACGCGACAGCGCGACAAGAGUCACCACCACCACCAAGAGCUUCCCGUGAUGUCUGAUGGUGCACUCCACGCCCACCACCCCUUCUGCACCUUCUUUGCCCAUUGCCUGAAGACGGCUGCUCCUCGCUCGCCCCCUCUGCCAAACUGCCCGAUAUCCCUCCGCCGGCGAGCUGCACCAGUCGAGGCCUUGAUCCAAGCGUCGCGCCGUUUGACACGUGAAAAGGAUAGGUUCACUUAG